AUGGCAGAAGACAUCCAGAACAAAGUCAAGAACCAGGAGCCUGCCCCUUUUGACAGCUGCCUCCCCAACCAGAACCAGCCCAGGAACUGCUGGCAGAACUACCUGGACUCCCCCCGCUGUGAGAAGGCAAUGACUGCUAAUGGGGGCAAUGUCUUCAUGCACGAGGGGUACUGGCGUGGGUUCGAGUCCCUUGGCCCCAUAGCCUGGCUGCCCGUGGCCUGGGAUGACGUCUGA